UAUCACAGACACAUCUGAGCCCUGGACCAGGGGAGGUGGCAGCCAUGGGGGGUCCCCCCCACAGUUGCUUCUGGGCCAGCUAAAAUGGGUCACCGCAGCCCAGGAGGACCGUGUGGCCGGAGGGGGCUGGGCAGGGGCUCAGGGGGCCCACCCUGGGCCCUGGCAGGUGGUCCCGGGGCCUCUCUCCCUCCCUCUGCCUCCAGCCUGGAGCGCCGUUCUCUGAUUGCUGCAGAGCAGGAUGUCCUCUAGAGAGGCUACUCCAGAACUCAAAAUAGCAUGAAAUUUAAUUUUCCGCCUAUUUGACAAGGCUUGGUCCAGGCCCCAUCAGCGGCAGAGAUAAGGGUCCCGGGGCCCAGGGAGCAGCCAGCUGGGCAGGCGGCAAACACUCCACGGUCCCCGGGCAGGCUGCGUGCAGGUGAGGCCGGUCCGCAGGCCCCCCCCACCGCGGGGCCCUGGUUGCCGGGCGCUAAAGCAAACGGACUCUAUUUGCCCAGUCUGCGAUGACAAUGCCAUCACCAAAUAUUUGCCAGCCCAGGCGGCUGCAGGGCCGGGCUAUAAAUGCUUGCACCCAGGUGGAGGUGGGCCUGCCCGGCAAGAGCUGCAGGCCUCGGCCAGACAGCACCCGCCGCGGAGGCCUCGGGGGACAGAGAGAUGGCCGCGGGCGUGAUCCGGCCCCUGUGUGACUUCCGGCUGCCCCUGCCGCCCCACCGCUCCUUCCUGCCCUCAGACCUGGAGCCCACAGAGACUUCGGAGGAGGAGGAGGAGGAGGAAGAGGAGGAGGAGGAGGAAGAGGAGGAGGAGGAGCUGCAGGGUGAGGGGCCAGGGGUCUGCAGCCCGGCCCCCCAGUGCUCAGGCUGGGCCCAGGCGGCCCCGGAAGCAGCCGCGCAGGGGCCCAGCCGCCCCGAGACGCCGCUGCGGCUGCUGCGGUUCUCCGAGCUCAUCAGCAGCGACAUCCAGCGCUACUUUGGCCGCAAGGACAGGGGGCAGGACCCAGAUGCCUGCGAUGUCUACGCCGACGGCCCGGCCGGCAGCUCUGCGCGGGGGCUCUACUACGCCGACCUGGUGCACCUGGCCCAGGACAGGCCCCAGGAGGACGAGGGGGCCCCCAAGCCCGGGGUCUGCUCGCCGGGGGGCCAGGCGCACAGGCUGGGCCUCGGUGGGGACGGGGCGCAGCCGCUGGGACCCCUGGCAGAGCUCUUCGACUACGGCCUGCGGCGGUGCACGGGGCCCAAGGCGGCGGGGGGCCGCGGCGUGAGGCUGGAGCGGAAGUAUGGCCACAUCACCCCCAUGACCCAGCGCAAGCUGCCCCCGUCCUUCUGGAAGGAGCCGGCCCCCAGCCCCCUGGGCCUGCUGCACCCUGGCACACCCGACUUCAGCGACCUGCUGGCCAGCUGGUCCGCCGAGGCCUGCCCCGAGCUGCCUGGUGCCGGGGCCCAGGCCCUGGAGGGGGCCCAGCUGGCUGAGGCCUAGCAGACGGGCUGGGGGUGGCAGGGCCACCUCCCUAUGGCAGCCCCUCUUCCUCUGCCAUCCUGGGACAGCCUCGGGACCCCUGCGUCUAGGUGGCCCCAGCAGGACCAGGUGGGCACAGGCAGUGACGGCCAGAGGCCUCUAGGGCUGGGAAGGGCAAGAGCAGGGGCUGCCCAGGCCACCCCCGGCCCUUGGUUCCAGCAGAGCCCCCCAGGGGGCUCAGGGGCCCUC